AUGCCGUUCGCCAAAAUCAACAACCACUCCCUCCACUACACCGACAUCGCGCCCACCGGAGACCAGGAGCCGAAACUGACGCUGAUCCUGGUCCACGGCCUGGGCUCGACUCAGAACUACUAUUUCCCCAUCUUCCCCUACCUGGCGAACUACCGGUGCAUUGUGUUCGACAACUACGGCGCCGGCCGCUCCGUCUACGACGGCGGAGAGACGUCGAUCCCCUCGAUCGCCCAAGACGUGCUGGGUCUGCUGGACCAUCUCGGCGUCCCGAAGGCCGUCGUGGUCGGGUAUUCCAUGGGCGCCAUCGUGCCGACCUAUCUGGCCUCGACGUCUCCCGACAGAGUGGUGGCAGGUGUCUGCAUUGGACCGGUCAAUCCGAAUGAGAACGCCGCGAGUGUAUUCGAGCAGCGCAUUACGAUUGUCAAAGAAGGCGGCAUCGAAACAAUGGCAAAUACCAUCCCGAAUGCCGCAACAGGGAGCAAAGCCACCGCGACCGCGAAAGGCUUCAUUCGGGAAAUGAUCAUGGGCCAGUCCCCCGAGGGAUACAUCGCGAAUUGCCGCGCCAUCGCGGCCGCCCGUCAACCGGAAUAUGAAAAGGUCAAGUGUCCCAUCCUCAUCAUCGCCGGGGAACAGGACAAGAGCGCCCCCUUGGCCGGAUGCAAGGAGAUCUUCGCCCACUUGGGAACCGAAGAGAAGAACAAGCGGCUGGAAAUCCUGCCAGGCGUCGGCCAUUGGUAUUGUGUCGAAGUACCAGACGAAGUUGGCCCUCUGGUGCGUGACUUUUGCGGACAGCUGCUAUAA